CUCAAAUAGGAACUAUGGGCACAAUACUGCACGCCAGGAAGGAUGAAGGAGUCUUGACCCAACCAACAUUCGACGUGUCUGUUAUUUUUGGCAAAAGGGACGAACCAAUGCUAGUGGCAUGCGCUCGUCAGCUGAUAGAGCACAUUAGUGUGUCCGGUGCUGCCAGGCCGUUAGUCCUCUCUCUUGGCCUGAAAGACCAUUCUGCGGAGACACUGAAGGGUAUUGUUACUGCCGUGGUCGAGAAUCGUCUUUGGUGACAUGAUGUUGCUUCAAUAGUUAUUAGAGGUAAACGUUGAUGGAUUAGCUAUUGCUUGUACAAGGACUGCAGAAGAACGCAAAAGGCCUUGUUGGCACUUUCUAGAACCCAUUUUGGUUUACGAAGAAUUUUAAAUUUCUAGAACAGAUUUUUCUUGAAGAUGAGAUCCAAGCCUAAGAAAAUGAGACAUUGUUGGAUAUGGUGUGAGAUCAUAGCAUAAUCUCUCUACUUUCGAUCCAGAUGAAUGGCAUUCUUUCCUUUGUUAUCCACAACUCUGUCUUAUUAAUUAAUAUAUUAUUUUCAGCAGAAAAAUAAUUUUGUGUCCUUUGGCUCAUAAUUUGAACCACAAUUCAAACCCCUUUUGUUAAAGUGUUUUCUCUCACGAAAAUUUAAAUAUCUACUCGAACUUAUGAACC